GCUGGUUUCCGGUUUCACGCGACGGAAGUGACGCGCGCACCGCGCGCCGCAGAGCCGAGUGCACUGCUAGGGUCGUGAUGAGCUGUGUCCUGUGUGCGCCCGCUGCUGGGGCUGUCCGGGCGCUGAGGCUUGUGCGCUGGACUUCCCGAAGCCUGCAUCCGCCGCCCGGUGACCGGGCUCAGGCCCGGCCCGCGGCCGAGGUCGAGGAAGAGGACGACCCUGACCGUCCCAUUCAGUUUUCCUCCAGCAAAGCCAGCCCGUCUCGUUGGACGGUGGAGCAGUCCCUGGGAAGGGGGCGGCAGCGGCCCUGGUGGAGGGUCCUGCCCUUAAGCCUGUCCCUCAUGGUUCUGGUCAUCUGGUGCUUCUUUAGGCAGGAGACCAGCGCGGACCGCUGGUUGAGACAGAUAUUGGAAGAAGAGGUACCGGAGCCCAGCGAUCUUUCUGAGGAGCCUGGAACUCGGGCUGCCCACGGGGCGAGGACUUAAAGGGGCGGCCUCCGCGGAAGGCAUCGAGGGACCAGGCAGCCGUCCUUAGGCUUUGCCGUCGCAUUUGGCCGUUUCUGUCGUGGUUAUGUGCGUCCCCACCCUGAAGGAUUUGGACCGCGGACCUGGGCACGCUGACGCGCGGGAAGGAGAGAACAGAAUGUUAGCAGAAGGAACCCGGUUCCUUGCCCAACGAAUAUGCCCAAAAGACUUUUUAGAUCCAUAGAAAAGGUUUUGGUUGCGGCGUGUGCUGUUGGAUUUGUGAUUUUGUUUAACAUUAUCAUAUUUCCAAAGCAAUUCUGGUGACACUUUGUAAUCCAGUGUAAUCCAGUUUUCAGGUCAUUUGCUCUCUGAGACAGAAUAACUGUCGGAAGAGUUAAGGUUUUUACUUUAUAAUAUACUAUGGUGUAUAUAAAUUGAUGUUAGUUUUACAAACUAACAAAUUGAUAUUAAAUUUUAACUUGAUAAAAUGUGGAAUUAAGCCAACCCCUCCUCCCCUUUUGCAUCUCAUCAAACAGAGGGAGCCUUUUAAUCGUUUUUCCGUUCCUUUUUCCAAAAUAGGAACUGAGGAAAGAAACCGAAAUGUAAAUUGUGGAAUACGUUAUAAAAUGAUACCAGAAAUUGUGGAACUUUCUCAUUUCUCAGCUCUCUGCAAGUUUUCAUUUUUAGCAAGUCAACAACUUUCUGAAUACAAUAAAACUGGUGAAUUUUUCUUUUGACAAAUUACAA